AUUAAUAAUUAUUAAUUAGUUCUUAUUUUUUCUCGUUUAUUCAUCAUUUAAUAUUUACUUAUUUUAAUUUAAGUUUCUCAUGGAAGAACAUUUAUCUUCACUUGGAAAACUUUUAUCGGAUUAUGGAAGCGCUAACGUGCCGUUUGUUUCUUCUAAGCUUAAUUUGUCAGUUGAAGAAUCUAAAGAGCUUUUUAAACAAUAUGUCUCAAAGAAUGAAGACUAUUCCAUUUUAUAUACUGUACAAUACAAUACUGAUGAAGAUAAUAUUAACUUGUCUAUCGUAUCCGGAGAAGAAUUACAAGAACUGUCCUCCAAGUACCCAAACUUACAAUCUUCUGUAUACGGUGUCUCAAGUUGCACCGAAAACUUACAAGACGCAUACAAGAACAUGUUUUUUACCUUUUUGGAACUCUCUAAGGAGGAAAUGCUUAGAUGCCAAGAUACAAAUGAGUUAUAUAUUCCGGGGUUUGUAAAUUUAAGAGUAAGUAAUAUUAAAGUGAGGGAUUUCGGGAAAAGUAUUCUAUCUCAACCUAGUGUCAAAGUCCAAGAAGUGAAGAAGGAGCCAGUUAAAGUCCAAGAAGUGAAGAGGGAACCCGUUAAAGUAUCCAAAGCAGAACAUGUUAAGACUGAGUUGGACCAGUAUAAGAUGGAUUCAGAAUCUAGAAAACCUAAGAAACAUGAAGAGCAGAAGGAAGAUGUGUCAUUAUUUAAGUCUGACUCUUUUGAUGAACCUAUUGAAGUGGAAGAUUCUGACACUAGUCCGGAAUCUAGAGAAAAGAAACGAAAGGAAGCAGUAUCUGAUAAAGAGGAUAAGGCCCAACUUGAACAUAAAAGACCUAGGCUAAAAAGGAAAACUAAGAAUGAGACUGAUACAAAAGUGGAGCAAAAAAUAACUAUAUAUGAACCUAAAAUUGAGCUGGUAAAGAAAUCAGAAUCACCAAAAACUACCAAAGUUAUGGAAAAGGUCUGUAAGAAGAGCAGUUAUAUAGAAAACGGAUACUUCGUAGUGGAAGAAUCUGAGGACUUUGUUGAAGUUGUUAAGGAAACUAAGCAAACCGCUGAGAAACAGAGCUCCUCUGUUAAUAGUUCAAGACCAAAUACAACUGAUGACGGUGUUAAAAAGAGUUUAAAUGGGAAAUAUGGAUUCACAAACAAGAGUUUAGAACCCAAAAAAUUAAAUCAAGUUUCAAUCAUGUCAUUCUUUAAAAAACAGUAA